CCGGAACUCUUCGACUUUUCGACAAUCGACCCUCAGCCCCUUUGGCCGACAACACCCCUCCCAGUCGUUGACCGUCGAACACAUAAUCCGCCAACAUGGGUAAAGGACAACCCCGUGGUUUGAACGCCGCCCGCAAGCUCCAGUCGCACCGCAAGGACCAGCGCUGGGCUGAUGACCACUUCAAGAAGCGUCUUCUCGGAACCGCCUACAAGUCCUCCCCCUUCGGUGGUGCUUCCCACGCCAAGGGUAUCGUCCUCGAGAAGGUCGGUGUUGAGGCCAAGCAGCCCAACUCCGCUAUCCGCAAGUGUGUCAAGGUUCAGCUCAUCAAGAACGGCAAGAAGGUCGCUGCUUUCGUCCCCAAUGACGGUUGCUUGAACUUCAUCGAUGAGAACGACGAGGUCCUGCUCGCCGGUUUCGGUCGCAAGGGUAAGGCCAAGGGUGAUAUUCCCGGUGUCCGUUUCAAGGUUGUCAAGGUCUCCGGUGUCGGUCUCGCCGCUCUCUGGAGGGAGAAGAAGGAGAAGCCCCGCUCUUAAACAACUCGACGCGUUCUGUUCGAAAUCAAAAAUGCAGCGACCGGGAGCCUUGGAGUGUGGGAACGGUGCCGGACGGAAAGCCCGCCUCAUCAGCGCCUUGAUUUCAUGAGAUAUUUUCUUUUGGGGGAGUCCCCCGGCGGGCUUGCGUCCGGAAUGUGGUGGAUCCGCUUAUUUGCGAAUUAAACACGAUUGAUACAACCUCCAAAAGAUUAUGGCGCCAUGACUUU